AACCUGAAGCCACGUUGCUGAAUUAAAUAAUUAAACUAUGCAGUAGAUAUGGAUAGAAGACUGAUCUCAGGUUUUCUUCCCGUUUUAAUUUAUUUUAUUGAACCCAUUUUGUCGUCAGAUAGCUGUUCACGAUCUUACACGUUUGACGAUGGCGGUUGGUUUACAGAUGAAGAUAAGCUAAUAGCUCAGGCAGGCCCUUGCUCAAUUCCAGUCCGGGAUGUUACCCUCUCUCAGGAAGAAUUUUUGUCUCAAUAUGCCUUUACACAACCUGUGAUAAUUAAAGGUUUAACACAACAUCAGGCAUUCCAAGACGUGUGUCGGAAAGAGGCUAUGUUGAAAAAGUUUGGUGACAAAAUUAUCAGGCUGAGCUCAGCGAAUACAUAUUCAUACUUGAAAUAUGACGUCAGCUUAAGAUACUAUGUGGAUUCAAUCAUGAAACCUCAAACAUUGGACAUGAUGGGCAAUGAGACAUUCUACUGGUUUGGAGACAACAAUCACACGGAGUGGGAGGAGUUAUUUUCCUUGUACAAACCCCCUCCGUAUAGGCUACCAGGCCUGACAGGAGUAUACAGCUUUGGACUGGCAGGGGCUGGCACUGGAGUUCCGUUUCAUUUUCAUGGACCAGGUUUCGGAGAGGUAGUGUUUGGUAGAAAGAGAUGGUUUCUCUACCCGCCCGAAGAAAAGCCGACCUUUGACCCUAACAAGACGACGCUACACUGGAUGAUGGAGGACUACCCUAAACUAAGCGAAGAGAACAAGCCCAUGGAGUGUACCAUCAAUCAGGGGGAGCUUAUCUAUUUUCCGGACAGAUGGUGGCACGGCACCCUGAAUAUUGACACCAGCGUGUUUAUUUCAACUUUCCUGGGACCAAGUUGACGCCGGUGUUCUCUGUGUUCAUAAAUGUGAAUAUACAGAAUCAAUGUACAAAAAUUUGUUUGUACACAUAUUUGUAUGUAGUAUUUAUAAGUCAUUGUGUUGUAUAUUUGACCAAUGCCGUAAUAUGGUAACACCUGGUAGCUGGAACACGGUUAUCUGUACACAGCAAAUGGUUGUGCUCUAAGCACAGUAUGUAUGGUUCUGUGUGGCAUGGCGUGUAUGAAAACAUGGGUUAUUAUAAACAAUUUCAUACUGCUGUUGUGACUGGGUUAACACGUUUAGUAUGUACGUGUACUUAAAAUGAAAGGAAGCUAAGAAAUGAAGCACAGUUUUUCAGAUAGACAACUGUCUGAAAACAAUGUCUAAAAAUACUUUUACUCAUUUUUUGUUAUUAUUUUAACUUAUUUUAAAAGAGUUAAAUGCAUUCAGACGUUUGAAUCUGGUGGGCUUCCUGAAUCAUAUAGCUGGUGUUCGGGUACGUCACAAGAUGUUUUCCCCUUCCAAAAACAUCUUUUAACGUUAGAGUGAAUGUUAUAACCCACAAGUAAAGGAUUACUUAAACAAGGUUCUCCAAAAAUCUCAUAUAGGUGAAAAUAAAGAAAAGCAGGUGAUGUGACAUCAGAGUAUCUUUGCCAGUGGGAAGAAUGAUCCAUAAAGCUGACGUUACAAUUCGAACAUUUGACUGCAUUUACAGGAGUAAUGUAUCUAAAACACAUACGUGAACAUAUUUGUGGAGACUCUUGCUGAUUUCAUUUUUCUGAGGUCUUUCCCUUUAUCUGAUCCAUAUUUUAAUGUGAGAUUGUGCAAAACAUUGGUGGAGUUUCUUCUUUACAUACCUUGUUCGCUAGCCAGUAGCAAAAUGCCAUCGUACAUAUGUUUAAGGGAAGUGAACUGUUUUCUGAGAAGCCUUUGUAUGAUGGUAUCCUGAAUUCGUCAGUUCGCCCGUACAUCCGUGCCCAGCCUAUAAUUCCCUUUGUUUUACAUACAUAAUUUUGGUGGAUACGUAGAUGCACGGAAGACGAGCUUGCUCAUGGGUGCCAUGGUAACGAGAUUGCCAUUUUACCUAUAUUUGGUAUAUAAAUAGGGAUAUAUUGACAGUUACGUUGAAUUCACCUGAGCUCUUGUUUGUCAUAUACUGUGGAUCAUAUGUAUUUUUGAAUAAAAAUUCGAGUAUUGAAGUUUUUAUUGUAGUUUAUUAUACACUGCCAUGUAACCUGGUUGGAAAACUAGGUUCACCAU